AUGAUGGAAGACAAUAAGCAGCUCGCGCUCCGCAUCGAUGGGGCGGUCCAGUCGGCCAGCCAGGAGGUGACCAACCUGCGAGCCGAACUCACGGCCACCAACCGGAGACUGGCGGAACUGAGCGGCGGCGGCGGCCCGGGCCCGGGCCCGGGAGCAGCGGCCAGCGCCUCGGCGGCGGCGGCGGACUCGGCGGCGGCGAACAUGGAGAACCACCAGCACGGCGCGCAAGUGCUCCUGCGGGAAGAAGUGUCUCGACUCCAGGAGGAAGUCCACCUUCUCCGCCAGAUGAAGGAGAUGUUGACGAAGGACCUGGAGGAGUCCCAGGGCGGCAAGUCAUCCGAGGUCCUCUCAGCCACCGAGCUCAGGGUCCAGCUGGCCCAGAAGGAGCAGGAGUUAGCCAGAGCCAAAGAAGCCUUGCAGGCCAUGAAAGCCGACCGGAAGCGCCUGAAGGGCGAGAAGACCGACCUGGUGAGCCAGAUGCAGCAGCUGUAUGCCACGCUGGAGAGCCGCGAGGAGCAACUGCGCGACUUCAUCCGCAACUACGAGCAGCACCGCAAGGAGAGCGAGGAUGCCGUCAAAGCCCUGGCUAAGGAGAAGGACCUGCUGGAGCGCGAGAAGUGGGAGCUGCGGCGCCAAGCCAAGGAGGCCACGGACCAUGCCACGGCGCUGCGCUCCCAGCUGGACCUCAAGGACAACCGGAUGAAGGAGCUGGAGGCCGAGCUGGCCAUGGCCAAGCAGUCCUUAGCUACGCUGACCAAGGACGUCCCCAAGCGGCAUUCACUCGCCAUGCCAGGGGAGACGGUGCUCAACGGCAACCAGGAGUGGGUGGUGCAGGCCGACCUCCCGCUGACCGCGGCCAUCCGGCAGAGCCAGCAGACUCUGUACCACUCACACCCCCCCCACCCUGCAGACCGGCAAGCGGUCAGGGUGAGCCCCUGCCACUCCCGGCAGCCCUCUGUCAUCUCCGACGCGUCUGCCGCCGAAGGAGACCGGUCGUCCACGCCCAGCGACAUCAACUCCCCUCGACACCGGACACACUCCCUCUGCAACGGCGACAGUCCCGGCCCAGUACAGAAGAACCUGCACAACCCCAUUGUACAGUCACUAGAGGAUCUUGAAGACCAAAAACGGAAAAAGAAGAAAGAGAAGAUGGGAUUCGGCUCCAUCUCGCGCGUCUUCGCCAGAGGGAAGCAGCGGAAGUCCCUCGACCCCGGCCUCUUUGAUGAUUCCGACAGCCAGUGCAGCCCCACGCGGCAGAGCCUCAGCCUGUCGGAGGGCGAGGAGCAGAUGGACCGGCUGCAGCAGGUGGAGCUGGUCAGGACCACCCCCAUGUCCCACUGGAAGGCCGGCACUGUCCAGGCUUGGCUGGAGGUGGUCAUGGCCAUGCCCAUGUACGUCAAGGCCUGUGCGGAGAACGUGAAGAGCGGGAAGGUGCUGCUGAGCCUGAGUGACGAGGACCUGGAGCUGGGUCUGGGCGUGUGCAGCUCUUUGCACCGACGCAAACUCCGGCUGGCCAUCGAGGACUACCGCGAUGCCGAGGCGGGCAGGAGCCUGUCCAAAGCCGCUGACCUGGACCAUCACUGGGUGGCCAAGGCCUGGCUGAAUGACAUCGGGCUGUCCCAGUACUCUCAGGCCUUCCAAAACCACCUGGUCGACGGGCGAAUGCUGCACUCCCUGAUGAAGCGGGACCUGGAGAAGCACCUCAAUGUGUCCAAGAAGUUCCACCAGGUCAGCAUCCUGCUGGGGAUUGAGCUGCUGUACCAAGUGAACUUCAGCAGGGAGGCCCUCCAGGAGCGCCGCGCCCGCUGCGAGACACAGAACAUAGACCCCGUGGUCUGGACCAACCAGCGGGUGCUCAAGUGGGUGCGGGACAUUGACCUGAAGGAGUAUGCGGACAACCUGACCAACAGCGGCAUCCAUGGUGCCGUGUUGGUUCUGGAACCCACGUUCAACGCCGAAGCCAUGGCUACUGCCCUGGGCAUCCCCAGCGGGAAGCACAUUCUCCGGAGACACCUGGCAGAGGAGAUGAGCGCCAUCUUCCACCCAGCCAACUCCUCAGGCAUCCGGGAGGCUGAGCGUUUCGGAACACCCCCAGGGAGGGCCUCCAGCAUCACCCGGGCGGGGAAGGAGGAGAACAGCGGUGGUAUCAAGUACAAGGCUGGCCGGCUGCCCCUGGGGAAGAUAGGAAGGGGCUUCAGCAGCAAAGACCCUGAUUUUCAUGACGACUAUGGCUCUCUUCAAAAUGAAGACUGUGGAGACGAUGAUCCCCACGGCAGGCUGGAGCAGUGCCGUCCGGAAGGCUACAAUGGCCUCGAGGUCACCAACGUGUAAGGAGCGGACGCCCCACCAGACCCAGCACGGACACCCCCACUGAGGAUGAGUAGCCCGACGCUGCCACCACUGUACCUAGGGACCGUGGGCCGAGGAUGCUCCCCUGCCCCCAGGCAAAACCCCAGCAGACUGCUGCGGUUUCAGAUGGGGGCUCCAGGGAACAAGGAGGCACCAGCCUGCCUGACUCGAGCAGGUUGUGCACCUUCCUGCUCAGUGGAAGGACCUGUCAGCCCAGCCUCUCUGUCACCUGGGCUCCCCCUCAGAGUGACUGUCAGCCACUGAGCAGUCCAGGCGGUCCCUGGAGCCUUGAACUGAGCUGCCAAGGUGGGAGGAGGCCAGCGGUUCCCCCAAACACCCUCCCAGAAGGAGCAGUCGGGACUCCAACCAGACACACAGUGCUGGGAGCCAGCAAAGCCUGAGGCUGACCAGUGGGCCCUUCUGGCCAGCCCGGUGGAGCUCUUGGCUCCAGCAGCCAUGCCCCCCAUGACUGGGAACUCCGGUUCUGACUUGGGUCACUGAAUCUCUCUUGGCAGAAUGCACAAUGGGAUGGUCAUUCCCUGCUACCCUAAAAGCUGUGUGUCGCAUGGGGCUGGACAUGUAGAAAAGCUAUUUGCCUUCUCCUCCCAUGAGUGGCUGCGCUGGGUGGAGGCAGGUGGAUGAUCCAGGCAGGGGCGGAUAAAGAGAUGGAUAGGUUAUAUGCACUAGGCUCUCAGUAUGCAUUUAUCUUGGUAGUGGCAUUUCCAUUAAAUGCAGAUUUCCUGUCAUCAGGAUAAAGGAUAUCCUGAGGAUAGGAGUGGGGAUGAUGGACUUAGGUCAGUGACAACCAAGAGUGACGGUGGGUUUGGGAUUGGGAGCAGGGAAAUACUUGUCAUUGUUGACCCAACAGACAUUUGUUGUGAUUUCUCGGUCACCUGAAACAGGUGUGCACAUCAGUGCCCUCAUUGAGGUGAAUCUUGCAGAGAAAGUCAUCAAGGUGGUGGAGAGAACCCCCAGCCCUUUUCCUGACUCUGCCACUGUUCUGCUAUGUGGCUUCUUCCCAGUGGCCCCACCUCUCUGUGCCUCAACGUCUUCAUCUACAAUACUCCAGGUUCCCUCCCAGGGAUGCUAUGAGAAUUAACACUUGCUAAUGUCUAUAACACACUUUGUAACCUCUCAGGAGACAGGUGGGAAGGUAUGGGGACAGAAGAAAGCAUCCGAUUUCCCAUUUAUGACACAGAACUGACAUUGAACUAGUCCCUCUGCAACUGUGUUCUGGCUGGGGCCACGUGCAAAAGGAGGACAAGGAAUGCCUAAUGUUCAGACUCUCUAGAGCCCCCAAUAAGGCUUGACCAAAGAGAGAGAGAGAAAAGUCCGCGUACACCACCCUGGAAAAUCGUUCCAAUUGAUGUGUUCAGGAUUGAGUCUGUUGACCUCGGUGCUGAGUGAUGAUUUGGGAGGGAUGAAAUGCAUUGGGGUUCUACGGACACUUGGGUUAUCAGAGAGAAUCUUUUGUUGGGACCACAACAUUGAAGCCAUUCGCCCAAGAGUCAGUGAGAGGUCUGAAUUUCCAAGACUUGAACAGGUAGGUGUCAGCCUCUGAGAACCAUCAAAGCACAUGUUCUUCAACCCAAUGAACCGUUUCCCCUCAUAGGAAAAGCCUAAACCGAGGCCUGAUGAACUUGAGAAUGAUUCCUCCCCAACGCCGAAGACCAUGGUUUUCUCUCUGACCUUAGGAUAAGCACAGCUUUUCUUGCCCCUGGAGACCAAACACCUGGAUGGUGGACAAGUGGAUGGCUCCCCUUUCAUUUGACUAUUUAGCUUCCUAGGGUCACAUCUCCAAUUCCAGGGCCUGAGGGAGAAGCUCUGGUAUCUAACAUGACUUUGCUGAGGUUCCAAACUCCAGGAUCUUAAUGACAUGCAGCCACACAUGGGGCCUGAAGAUGCAGAGCCCACAGCCUGGAGGGGGGCUCCCCUCUAACCUGAUGCCACAGGUCCCUCCCAAGCCAGCAUCCAGGCUGGGUGACCCAGGACCCCAGGAUCUGCCUCUUGGAAGCAGCAAACCAGGCGGGAAAUUAUUCCCACAGGGUGAGGAAGGAUGGCACGAGGGGGCCCACAUGCAGCUCUGACUAUUUAAAGCCAACAUUUGUCAGAAAUGAAGCUGGCACUCCCCCCCCAUUCAUUCCCAUUGGGGAUAAGAUGGGCAAGUGGACAAUUUGGGGGGUGACUGGUAGGGAUGACAUUGCCCUCCAAAUUUGCAGCACUAGGCCAGCAGGCCUGGGGCAACAUGGACAACGUCGAAAGCACCUUUCAGUCCAAAUGGUACCCUAAGGCACAUUCUCUCCCACCCGAUGCUCCCACCCUUGGCAGCCAGCUGAGUGUUUGGAACUGGCUUUUCAACAUGAGGACAGGUUGGUUGAUAAAUUAACAACCUCCACACAGAGUCAGAUCAGGUGAGCUUUGUCUGCUGAAAAAAAAUCCCAGACGUCAGCCCUGCUUCAAGGGUGGGCAAGAAGAGCAGGGGUGCAGAGGGACUUAGCAGAGAGAUUCUGGUAGCGAACUGACUAAGGCUGGCGGAGCGGCCACCUACAGAACAGUGACCUGCCAUGUCCUGUCCAAAGGGCCCGAGUUGUGGUCUUGGGCCUUAAAGGGUGAUAGGGCUUCUAGACCUGGGAAAGCAUGAACGUGCUUCUUGGAGAGGUGUCCUCUGCGCCCGUGGGUGCUAGCCCCUUAAGAAGAGGUAGUUGGUGCCAGAGGUUGGGGAGAACCCCAGUAGGCAGAGACACCCCGUAUUUCUCCGAGAAGCUGGGGGCCAGAGCCCUCAGAAGGCACCUGCCCAGCAGACUCUCGGCUUUCUGACCCCAGACCCCUCUGAAAGGCCCCUUUGUCAUUAGCUGCGCAAAGCUUCUCUCCUAGAAAUCUGUCUGUCUGUCACCAGGGCCCAGGCUCUAGGAGGCAGGAAGAAGCCACAUGAAAACCUGGAGCAGAUGCGGGAGAAGGGAAGGGGCCUCCGCACAGCCCAGCCGGCACGGGGGGGGGGGGGCGGGGGGGGCUCAGAACAGUGACCCCACAUCUUGAGGCAUCGAGCAGGGCUGCAUACGACAGAACGGGAAUAUCUGGCAGGACGAGACUUCGGUGUCCGCUGCGGGGGCACCUGGAGCCCUCUAUUUCUCCAAGCCUAGCCCGCCCCGCUUCCCGUCAAAACCUGUCUGUGCGGGCACCACCUCCUCCAGGCUCUGGCGGGCUCCCGGCAGUGGCCCG